GAUAGGCGGGACUUUCCGUGAGCAGGAAGUGUGACGUCACAUUUGUUUUGGAGAAAGCGAAGCUGCGACUGAAGCGGAAAGAAAAUGGGGGAAAACGUGGAAGAUUUCAAGCUGAUAUUUGAGAAAGAGGGAGUCUACCUCCACACCAAUGCCAAGAGGACGCUCCAGGAAACCAGCAUCCCGGGAUUUAUCCGCAUCGUAGAACGGGCUGGAGUGCCCGCUUUAGAAUGGAGCCCCCUGCAGGACGAGGGACGCAGCGCGCCUACGGUCCUCUACAGCAGGAAGGAUGGGGAAGGAGGCGAGGAGGACAUGAACUUUGACCCUGGGUAUGAGCCCGACUGGGCGGUCAUCAGCACCGUGAAGAAAGACCGCGAACACGCCCAAGUGAAAGACUCAGGUCAGUGGGCGUUCUCUCUGCCUCUGUCGGAGCUGUACUCCCUCCGGAGGGCCCGCUUUUCCCUGGGUCGGAACUUCAUGGUGCUUACGAGCAGAGGGGGCCACCCGCUUCCUCCUCUGCACUUCCACAGAGGAGGAACCAGGGAACUUCUGAAGGCUCUCCACCAUUACAUCGUCCUGGACCAGUCUCCUGUUGACGGGCGCCUCUUCCUUGCAUAUCCGCGCGACCCGAGCUCGGAAGCCUUCCCUCAGACCUUCGACAAGCUUCAAAUCCUGGAUGACGGCUCCGACAUCGUCGCGAGAUUCAUACACGACCCGUACGCCACCACGUUUGGAGGAUUCUCCAAGGUCACCAAUUUCUUCCGUGCGGCUCUCCGGCCUCCCGACGCCCCCGUCAGGCAGGCUGCCCAUGGACCGGGUCUGCCGGCGCAGCCUGACGACGAGCCUGGAUUUGAGCUCAUCACCUGCGGCGUGGAGCUGGGCUCCAGGCCGGACGUAACCAGGGGGCGACCCCUGGAUAAAUGGGAGGAGUUUCUGGACUCCGAUGGCCGGGUGACGGACCCAGAGAAAGUCAAAGAACUCGUGUUCAGAGGGGGCAUCACUCCAUCGCUCAGGAAAGAAGUGUGGAAGUUCCUCCUCGGUUUCUAUCCAUGGAAAAGCACCUCAAAGGAAAGAGAGAACAUUCUUCGAGUCAAAACGGAUGAGUACUUCCGGAUGAAGGUGCAAUGGAAGUCUGUGAGCGAAGAGCAGGAGAUGAGGAACACCCUCCUCAGAGGGUACAGGAGCCUGAUAGAGAGGGACGUCAACAGGACGGACAGGAACAACACGUUCUUCUCCGGCAACGACAACCCCGGCCUGACUCUGCUCCACGACGUGCUGAUGACCUACUGCAUGUACAACUUCGACCUCGGUGUGUGCUCAUGACAGAACGCAGCUGUGCACCGUCGC